UUCCCUGCUGCUGCCGCCGCUGCAUCUCUGGUCCUCCGGCGAGGAGCGCGCGCAGCACCGAACGGACUGAGCGGCUGGCCAGAGCGAGCGAGCGAGCAAGCGUGGGCCACAGCGGAGACCCGAAGCGGCCGGGGGCGCCGGGGUGGGGGACGCGCGAGCUGCGGGCCUCGCACAAGCGCUGCUCGGAAUCGCCGCCCCGGAGCGGGAGAGGGGAUGGCGAGUCCCCCCGCGGCGGAGCUUCCCGACCGCCCGCAAGGCGGCCUCAACCGCAACAACAACAACAACAACCACCACCAGCAGCAGCAGCAGCCGCCGCCCGAGCAGCCGCCGCCGCCGCCGGGCGUGCGCAAGUGCGGCUACCUGCGCAAGCACAAGCACGGCCACAGGCGCUUCUUCGUGCUCCGCGCCGCCAGCGACGGAGCCGCCGCGGACGAAGCGCCGCCUCAGCCCGCCCGGCUGGAGUACUACGAGAGCGAGAAGAAGUGGCGGAGCAAGUCGGCGGUGCCCAAGCGCUCCAUCGCGCUCGACUCUUGCCUCAACAUCCACAAGCGGGCCGACGCCAAGCACAAGCACCUGGUGGCUCUGUACACGCGCGACGAGUACUUCGCGCUGGCAGCCGAGAGCGAGCCGGAGCAGGAGGCCUGGUACGUGGCGCUGACGGAGCUGCUCCGCGAGAGCCAGCCCGCCGGGCAGGACUCCCCUCGGCGCCAGCCGCCGUCGGCCUCCCGCGAGGAGCCGCCGCCGCUGCCCGGGGCCUCGCCUUACCGCGAGGUGUGGCAGGUGACGCUGAAGCCCCGGGGCCUCGGGCAGAGCCGCAACCUCGCCGGCGUGCACCGGCUGUGCCUAGCGGCGCGCACGGUGGGGCUCGUGCGCCUCAACUGCCAGCGGCCCUGCGUGACACUGCAGCUCAUGAACAUCCGCCGCUGCGGCCACUCGGAUAGCUUCUUCUUCAUGGAGCUUGGUCGCUCGGCUUCGACUGGGCCCGGCGAGCUGUGGAUGCAGGCGGACGACUCGGUGGUGGCGCAGAACAUCCAUGAGACUAUCCUGGAGGCCAUGAAGGCGCUGCGGGAGCUCGCCGAGUUCCGCCCGCGCAGCAAGAGCCAGUCGUCGUCAUCUUCAUCCAGUUCGUCAUCGUCCGGCGCCAGCGGAGCAUUGUCGGCUAUGUGCAGUCGACCCAUUUCGGUUCCCGGCCGCCGCCAUCACCACCCGCCCUCUCUGACGGCGCUGCCCCCCAGCCAGGCCGGGCUUCUCCGCCGGUCGCGUACAGACACUCUGGUGGUGGGCAGAAGCAGCGGGAACCGGAGCCGGACUGCGAGUGAGGGUGACGGGGGCAGAGCUGGUUCACUAGCUGGCAGCCCCUCGGGGUCCGACGCUGGAGAACCCCCGCUCGGCCGCUCGCACACGCCUGGGGCAGCCAGCUGCAGGCUCGGGAGCCAGACAGCUGCGCCGCCCGGUCGCUCCCUGGCCUUGUUGCGCUCCCCCUCCUUGGUUACAAAGCUGGCUACAGAGCCAGGCAUGUUCUCCCAGCACCCUUCCAGCAGCAGCACCUCCGGCUCCCCUAACGAUCCUGCUAGCUUCCUGGCCUUUGAGGAGUUGGGUCCAGUCAUGGACCCUUCAAAAGCUAGUAACCACAGCAACACACCUGAGACUCCUCCUGACCUGCAGCUGGAUGGCUACAUUGCCAUGGAGCGGGGACACCCUUGUUAUUGGCCCUACAUAUGGGAGAGCGCUGGAGGAGACAAGGUUCCCAGGAAGCGCACUUACUCCCUGACAACACCAGCAUAUCGGCACCCCAUGCCAACUCUUCUCUCCUCUGCCUCGCUGGAUGAGUACACACUCAUGCGGGCUACCUUACCAACAGCAGGGGCCCCUUCAAGGGGAACCUAUACUCCUUACCCUGAGGACUACUGUGAUGUGGACAUUGGCUCUGGCGGAACCACCAGCAGCAGUAGCAGCUCACAUCUAGGUCGCAGUGGUAGUGGGGAGGAGGGUUACAUGCCCAUGAGCUCUGGGGGAGCAGCUGUUUUGCCAUUGCAAGGUGGUCCUGGUGGUUAUAUGUCUAUGAGCCCCACCAGUGUGUCAGCCCCACAGCAGAUUUUGCAUCCUCACUCCCACAAGAUCAGCAGUGAUAACUCCGUAGAUGACAGUGACUACAUGCGCAUGUUGGGUACCAAGUUAUCUGGGGAGAGUCCUGAUGGGAGAAUGACCAGUGGUGACUACAUUGACAUGUCCCCUUUGCUGUUGCCUCCUGUCUAUGGAUCUGCCUCACCUGUGCCCUCUCCUGAUGGCUUUGCAGGCCAAGGGCUGAGGGGCCAGACCAGCAACUUCUAUAACCCACUAUCUCAUGCCUUCCAAAGCCAGCCAAACUCUCUGGGUGAGAAAAAGAACAGUGACCAGUAUGUGGUUAUGAACUCGCCUGUAGAGAGAUUAACUCUCACACCCAAAGGGGAGUCCUUCCUUGCUAUCUGCAACCACACAAUGAUGCCUUCAACCAUUUACUACAGCCAAACUGAGAGCUCUCUUACUCCCUACAUGAAUGAGCGACCCCCUACAAAUGAAUCACAAAGUCCCUGUGGAGAGUAUGUCCACAUUGGAUAUUCACUAGCCUGUGGCAGCUCAGCUUCCUCACUUGGCUCUGGGUUGAAUGAGCACAAUAAUUUCCUCAUCCCCAGCUAUAUGAACCUCAACUUUGAUGGGUCACAAUCAGCAGCUGCGGAAUCCUUGGAAGAUGUGUUGAUCCCAGGAUCCUGCCCCAGCCCUGGGCAACCUAACAAACAUUACCUAAAGGUUGAAAUGGAGACAACUUUUACAACAGCCACCCCAACCCAGCCCAUUUUACAGAAGCCAGAAAAUGUUAAUGUAAGCAGCCCUGUUACUGAAUUGAAGCAACUUACACUUUCUGGGGUGCAGGCCUUCAUCUUUGCCAGUCCUCCUCCUGAUCCUAAUCAUGGAGCCAAAGUAAUCCGUGCUGAUCCUCAGGGACGACGGAGGCACAGCUCAGAGACUUUUCCCUCUACUACUACAGUGACGCCUGUUUCUCCUUCCUUUGCACACAGUCCCAAGCGACACAAUUCUGCCUCUGUGGAAAAUGUGUCCCUCAGGAAAAAUGGCUUGUUAGAAGAGCAGACCAGCAGCCCCAUGUGCCGGGAGACCUCAGCUGGCUUCCAGAAUGGCCUCAACCACAUUGCUGUUGAUGUCUUGGAAGGAGACUAUUUGGCAAGUGGUGGCCAAGGCAAGCACAAAGGCAGACACCCCUGUAAUGAAAGUAUCAAUGGUACUUACACCAGUAUAGACUUCUUGACCCACAAUUUGAAAGAAGUCUCUUCAGUGAAAGAAUGAAGAAACCAGUAUUACCGCCAUGAAAACUGCUUGAUGAAAUUUAAAACAUUUUAAAAUCCUAA